CCCCUUUCCCGAAAUCUCCAUUCCAAUUCCUUAACCGCCAGCACUCCCGAAUCAUUUUAGUUCUUGAAGCGGUACUUCAAUUGCACUUGCACCCAGAAACACGUGAUUCCUUAUGCACCCACUAUGUCAGAGACAUGAUGAUUCUAUAAAUCAGACCUGUGGUCUAUUUUCCCCGCACAACCUUCCUUAAACAACUUGUUCUACCUCACCCUAAAGGUUUUUUUUGGUGUUUAAGAUCCAAAAAUGGAUAUUAAGAGAUUGUUUGAAGCUGCUUAUACAGGAAAUGUUGAACUGCUGCACAAAUUGCUUCAAGAAAAGCCAUUGAUUCUUAUUGAUGUUGCACUAACAUCUCCACUAGAGUCUCUGCUACAUGUUGCCACUAAAGCUGGACAGCUUGAUUUUGUACGCGAGCUUAUAAAACGCAAUCCUGAACUAGCUAAAGAAUCAAGCAAGGAAGGUUUAAUGCCUCUGGACAUUGCUUCGAUGGCUGGGAACGUAGAAAUAGUGAUACAACUUUUAAGAGUUGAUAAUACGAUUUGUCGUCUCAAAGGCAAAGACCAGAGGACAGCACUUCAUUAUGCUGCUAUCAAGGGGAGAGUUAGAGUCAUAGAUCUGUUGCUCUCCACCUGCCCAAACUCUGUUAAAGAUGUAACAGUCUCUGGAGAAACCGCGCUUCAUCUAGCUGUGGAAAACCACCAAAUUGAAGCCUUUAGUGCUUUGCUCAGAUGGCUUAAAAGUCCCGGCAUGGAAACAGUCAUAAAUUGGGCUGACUGCAAUGGAAACACUGUUUUGCACCUUGCAGCCUCCACAAAACAACUUCAGAUUUUAGAGCUACUGCUUAGUAACAGGAAUGCUAUUAGAGGGAUAGUGGAAGUGAACGCCACAAAUUCAAAGGGUUUGACAGCAAUGGAUCUACUGGAUAUAGUAACGGAAAGUCCCAAGGAUGUCCAACUCAGGAAAAUCCUUCGACGUGCUGGAGCAAUUGGGGCUCAAGAUGUUAGUCUUAUUCCGUCGACGCCAUCUCUUCAGCAAGUUUCAAAAGCCAGACAAACUCAGGAUGAGUCUCAAUCAGAAGAUCCAGAAACUCCAGAAGAUUUGUUUGAAUAUUUCAAAUUUCAGCGGCAAAGAGAUUCACCAGGUGAAACACGCAAUGCACUGCUAGUAGUGGCUGCACUGGUUGCCACGGUCACUUUUCAAGCAGGUGUGAACCCUCCCACUGACAUGCUAAAAUCAACUACCAAAGCUUAUUUGUUUUGGUUCUCCAACACAUUGGGGUUUUCUGUGGCAGUAAACAUCAUAAUAUAUCUCUGUAGAAUUUCCUUUUUAUAGGGAGCUUCUGGUUUCCAUGUACUCCUUGAUGUUUACUCAUGGAGUUUCAAUUAAUAUUAAGAGCAUCAGACAGAAGAACGAACUCGUCACAAAUCUACUUAUGGUAAUUGCCGUAUGUCUACCAUUCUUUAUGCGGUUUUUGCCAGUUUGUGGAAAGAAAGCUUGGAAGAGGUGGAGACAUGCAAGUUAAUGGAGGUCCAGACAGAGUCUCUAUAUUAUAGUUCUCCUACUUAAUUUUAGGUUCUGUAUGGUGAUACUUUAUUUCUUUGGAGCUUUGUUGCAUUGUAAUUACAUUUUUCAUCAUUUUCGUAAUAAAAAUAUUUAGUGUGUGCUCU